AUGAACGAUUCCAAAGCUGCAAACUUCACAGAGUUUGAACUGGUGGGUUUCCCUGGUCUUUUGGACUACAGGAUGUUUCUGUUUUUUGGAUUCCUUAUUCUGCUGCUAAUCACUGUGACUGCCAAUCUUCUUAUCCUCUUUCUGGUUUCACUGGACCACCGGCUACACACGCCUAUGUACUUUUUUCUUUGGAAUUUAUCCCUCUUGGACUUACUGAUGGCAAUUGCAAUUUUACCAAAACUUCUAGCAGUUCUUUCUGGAUAUGACAGUACAAUUACUGUGACUGCCUGCUUUGGGCAAAUGUAUUUUAUCAUCUCUGUUGGAACCACAGAAAAUUGUUUGGUGGCAGCAAUGGCGUAUGAUCGUUACAUUGCUGUGGUGAAACCUCUACAUUAUAAUGUAAUCAUAAAUGUCAAAAUGUGCUUCAUAAUAUUAGCCACAUCUUGGAUACUUGGGUUGGUAAUUCCAGCAACCUCCAUAAUAUUAGCUUCAAAUCUGCCCUACUGUGCUUCUAAUAAAAUCAUGCACUGUUUUUGCGACUAUCCAGCUGUAAUUUCCCUGGCUUGUACUGAUAUUACUGAUCAUGCCACUGGAGCCUUUGGACUAGGCAUGCUCGGUAACUAUUUGCCCAUGCUGUAUGUCCUCUGGACGUAUGUCAGAAUCGUGCUUUCAGUUUUAAAGGUAAAAACAACGGGAAGUCGAGCAAAAGCUUUCUCGAUGUGCUCUUCACAUGUGACUGUGGUGCUACUCUACUACGUUUCUGCUUCCGUAGUAUACGCAGGAUUAAAAAUGAACAACCUUUCAUAUGAUGGCCCAUUUUUGUUGGGGAUUGAAUUAUUUUUAAUUCCAAUGGUUAACCCAAUGAUUUACAGUUUAAGAAAUAAAAAGAUGAAGGAAGCAGCUAGAAAAUACUUUAACUUUGUCAUCAGUUUUCCUACAAACAGAAAAACAUCUGUUGGUAAUUCAUAA